AAGAAGGUGGCCAGUGUCUAGAGCGGCCUGUGGCUGGUGGAAGCAUUUCAAUGAGCAACGUCACCAGGGAGCGCCUCAGCCUGAGCCUCGGACUGUCUGUGUCUGCCCUGUUCUUUGUCACUGUCUACGGGGCAGGCAGCUCUCAUCUCCAGGCACGGGCGGGAGGAACCUGCAGCCGGAAAACAAGGAUCUUUCAACACAGGCACGUCUAUAAACCCCGCCCUCGGCCGCCUCCCCAGCAGCUGCUGCCUCUCCAGCGGCUGCUCCCUCACCAAUCGUCGCCAGGCGCUGUGACGUGUGACCCCACUGCACCCACGCAAACCAGUCCUACCUCAGCUCCACCCCCUCCCCACACCCCUAGCCCCUCCCCAGACCUCGUGGGAGGCCGCCAGGCACCACGGCCUGUUGUCCAGAGGGCCCUGCCUCUUCCUUGGGCUCAGUGUCCCCAGCACGUGGGGCUCCACGACCUCGCAGCGGUUCGUGGAGGGAGAUGGGCCACGGCCCAGACGGACACGGCCCCGCACCCCGUCCCCUUCCCCGGUACAGGUGGACACACCAAAGCGGCCUUUGGAGGGGGCGACUGAGCACAGGUGCGGGUCAGACCGGCGGUCUGGGAAGGUCACGAAGCGGCUCCCGUCGGGGGGCAAGCCUGCCAGUAGGAGGCAAGGAGGGAAGGGAUGGCGACUGGAGCUAAAGUAGUUAGUGGCCACGGAGAACAGGGAUGCGGUCGCAUAGGAAAAACCACAGUGCAAAAGGGAAAUCACUAAAAUCCCAACUUACCAAGCUGCUGUAUACGUGCACGGAAAUCCUGCAACGGUAGCCUGACGUGUAAACACCUCGUAUCUCUGUGUGGUGGGACUGAGGGUGGUCCCCACUUCUUUUUUGUGUAUUUCUCCCCCAAAAGGUUCAGAAUGACUUUACAUGACCUUUAGUGUUUUCAAUUCUUUGACAUCCUUGUGUGCGUGAUCUCUACGCCCCACGUGGUGCCGGCACUCACGACCCAGUGAGUGCUUCCACAAGUCAGGCUUGAGAGAGCAGAUGAUGCCAUCCAGGGCGCCGGGCAGCAGCACUCCCCGCACCAACAGCACGACGAGGACCACGCAGGGGAAGAGGCAGGGUCCUGGGCAGGACGGAGUGGACUGGGCCGGCCGGAGACAGAGGCGACAGCGAGGUGACCGCGAAGACCUCUGCCUCCGUCCCACCCUCAGCAGAGCAGGACAGGAGCCCGACAGUGACGUCACGCGUCGAGGGGCGCAGCUUCCGGAGCCAGCCUCCAUCUCCUCGGCGUCAGCGUCGACCGGAUCCAGGCUCUGGGCCAACACAGCGAGGCCGGCUCGGUGGGAACCAGCUCCGCGGGGUCUGUCUGCGCAGGCGCCCUGGCCGUCCCCGACAGCCUUGCGCGCCGAGGGGCCGGGCUUCGCGAGGCCUGCCAGGGGUCUCAGCGGUCCGCCGACAGUGGGCGCAGCGUAGCGGUGGGCUCUGUGGAGGCCGGUGCGGCGGCCAUGAGGGCCCCGGACGACCAAGCGGCCUCUCCGGCCCCGGACGACGGCGCGGAGGAAGUGGCGGUCACGCAGGCCCCUGACGAUGACGGCGCGGACGGCGCGGCGGUCACGCGGGCUCCCGAAGGUGGCGCGGAGGACGCGGGGGCAGGCCCACAGGCCUCCGACGGAGGCACGGACGGCCACGACCCCCAGCUUAGCCCCCGAGGUCCCGGUUGCCAGGGCAACUGCAGCCGCCACGAUGGCGAGGGUGGCCCUGGCAGCAAGGGAGCAGUGGUCGAGGGGGCCUGCGCCCCUCCCCUGGCCGAACGGGCCCCGAGGGCCCUGGCCCCCGGUGGAGACGCAGCGCCGGCGGCGGUGACCUCCUCAAGACUGCUGGAGUUGCUCACCGUGUCUUUCCGGUCGCCCCUGGAGGCAGAGAUGGCCCGCAGGUCCCUGACUACACACGUCCAACGCCACCGAGGGUUGGCUCAGAAGGAGCUUUGCGUGAGGGGCAGCGCCCUGGCCGUGAGAUGGACUACUGAAGACCCCAUCUUCUUCCGAGUUUCCGUCAACUCCUUCCUGGACCGGCUUCCCCUGGUGAUACGAAACAUUCGCGCCUUGGGGUCCCGGCCUCCGCCACGCCUAGGCCCGGGAAAGGGGGCCGAGGCCUAACCUGGUAGCCCUCACGGGGCAAGGCACAGGGCGUUGACCCUUGGCGUCCUCGCCACUUUAUUAUCGCGGGUCUAACGUUCUGCAGGUCCGGGCCUCGGUGGCUCUUGGCCCACUUCAGUUCCUUCCCUGCGCCCGGAGGGGCGGGCGCUUACGUGUUUGUUACUGCACAACAUGAAACUGAGCUACUC